CUAAUUAAUAGAUUUAAUCAUUUCUGAAAUUAAGAAGAUGGUGAAUAUUUGCGAUUUUGUAGGGAAACUUAAUUGAUUUGAGCAGUUGUUCUUACAAUUUAGAUUCACACCUUUGAGAUAUGAGCUUUUAUAGAUGAUAAUUGAUGCCCUUAGUAAAAUCUGCUCAAGCUCAACAAUGAGCAUUAUUGAUGAAAACAGAAGUUGAAGCUUCUUUCAAGAUCAUAAUUGAUGCCCCUAGUGAAACAAUGCAAGUCUUGGACAGAUUCAAGUACAACCACCGUAAUAAAAUUAUACUAUCCAACUACAUAAUAUAAUUAUCGACUAAACGCUGUAUUAUUUGCUGAAGGUCAACUAUGAGCAAGUUGAGUUUCAGCUGAGUUGUUAUCUUGGACAUAUUCUAGGCACAGACAACAACCUUCAUAAAAUUAUAAGCUAACUACACAAUAUAUUAGUCAAAUAACAAUCUUGUUUUAUUUGCACACGUCAACAAUGAGCAGUUGGGUUGUUUUAGAUUCAAUCAUCUUGUUUUUGUGUGAUUGCAGUUUUGCAACAAGGUUUCCUUCCUUUGUUUUCCUAGCAAGAAGAUAUCUGAAAAAUGGCAUACAAUCUUCAAACCCUCAUCACCAUUCUUGAAGGAAUCCUUGAACCUGACCAACCACGAUGGGUUGUUGAUGAAAGCAACCCUCAACUCAGAUCUCUCCUCGAUAAAGCUACUUCUCUUCAGCAGCUCGUUGAUAAAUCUUCUCUCACCAAAAUAGACAGCCAAAUCAGACAAGUAGCACAUCAAGCACAAGACAUCAUUGAAUCCCACAUGGUUGAUCAUAUGCUUUCUGGAUCUGAUUGUGUGAGAUUCACUUUUUCAGCACCAGAUCUCCAGCAAGUAACACGAGAUCUUGAUUCUGUUAUUGAGCAAGUGAAGAAGUUCGUGGAGAUGGAGGAUAAGAAGAUGCCGCAAGAACUUUAUUCUGCCAUGGAACAAGUGAAGCUCGUGGAGGUGGAGGAUAAGAAGAUGCAGUCUAGCAGUUCAUCGAGUGUUGUGGUGGGAAUUGAUGCUGAUCUGAUGCAGCUCAACGAUCGGCUGACCCAUAUGGAGAAGAAGCUGGAGAUUGUCCCCAUCGUUGGUAUGGGUGGAGUAGGUAAAACCACUCUUGCUCGAAAGCUUUAUGAAGAUCCAUUGAUUGUUGGUCACUUUGGUUAUCGUGCUUGGACCACUAUCUCUCAAAAUUACAAUAUUCGACAAAUUCUCAAAAGCCUUCUUGGUUACAUAACUGGAAAAGAAUAUGAUCAGCAUAAUGAUGAGUUAAAAGUUACGUUGCGUAAGAAUUUGUUUGGUAGAAGGUACUUGGUUGUAUUAGAUGAUAUGUGGAGCACACAAUUCUGGGAUGAAAUAAAGAUGUACUUCCCAGACAACAACAAGGGGAGUCGCAUUGUGAUCACCACUAGGGAAUCUGGUGUGGCAACCUAUGUAGACUCAUCGAGUUUGCAACAUCAGGUGCAGUUGCUCAGUGGGUCUGAAAGUUGGGAUCUGCUUCACCAACUUGUGUUUGGAGAAGAGGAUUGCCCUCAUGUAUUGGAAGUCAUUGGUCAAAAGAUUGCUGGCCAUUGCGGUGGACUUCCUCUAGCCAUCAGUGUGAUAGGAGGGCUACUAUCUACGAUCGAAAGAUCAGAACAUGAAUGGAAGAAAAUUGGGAACGAUGUAAAAGCAGCAAUUGCUAAAUCGGGUGAGCAAUGCUCUAGUAUACUGUCUUUAAGUUAUAACCACUUGCCGAAUCACUUGAAACCAUGUUGCUUAUACAUGGGGGCUUACCCUGAAGACUACGAGAUUAAAGGCUCUAGACUCGUACAUUUGUGGGUGGCAGAAGGAUUUGUAAAAUCAAAUAGAGAAACAAGUUUGGAGGAAGAGGCACGGGACUGGCUAAAAUCUCUAGUAGAGAGAAAUCUAAUUAUGCUUAGAGGAAAGAACAAGUACGGAAAUUCAAAGAGUUACAGUAUGCAUGAUAUGAUGAGGGAUGUAUGCAUUAGGAAAUCUGAUGAAGACAAGUUUCUGCAUGUGAAGAAUGGUCCCGAGCUCACAUUAUCUAAUCCACGCCGCGUGAGUUUUGACAUAUCAACUAGCAUGAACAAUGCUAAUGUUUUAACAGAGUCCAUGUCACUUACUCGAUCUGUUAUAGGCAUUGGUGAUUCUCAGAGGGAUGAGAUUCCACCCGUUGCCUUUUUCUCCUCGAGAUUGCUAACGGUGUUGGAUUUAAUGUAUAUAAAUUUUGAAGAGUUCCCAACUGAAAUAUUUGAAUUUGUCAACCUACGCUUCUUAAGUAUCUGGUGCCGUUCAAGGAUACCUAGAGGAAUAUCAAGAUUGCGGAAUUUGCAAACCUUGAUAGGUUACAUCUGGUUUGAUGUGCCAUCUGAGCUAUGGCAGCUCUCCGAGUUAAGAAAUCUCAAUGUGCGCGAAAUUCAGUUGUUAAAAGAUGAGGAAAUGAACUACUGUGUUCUGAAGAAGCUCCAAAUAAUUUCAGUCACAACUCUAACUAGAGAGGCAGAAACUUGGGAUGGUUUCCUCAAAAGCAUUCCAAAUAUCAAAAAGUUGGGGAUUGAUGAUGGCUACAGCAGAAGAUCCACGGCAAUCGAUCUUACUUAUCUUCACAAACUUGAGAUAUUAAGAUGCAAUUAUAUCAGAAUCAUAUCCUUUGGAGACGGUUCGGAUUGUUGUUCCAGAGUUAUGUUUCCCUGUAACAUCAGAAAACUAGUACUCUGUGGAUGUGAAAUAAAUUCGGGAGUGUUGGGGACUCUAUGUGAUCUACAUAAGCUGGAAGUGCUCAAGAUAAACGCAUGCAGUUUUAAAAGCGAGGAGGAGACACGCGAUGAAAAGUGGGAGGUAGCAGAGGGAGAUGAGUUCCCCUCACUGCAGUUUCUGUAUCUCGAAUUUUUGAUUCUUGUGAGUUGGAUAGCUGAUGAGACCAACUUUCCCAUACUCCACCACCUCCGUAUAGAUAACUGCAUAUAUCUAGAGAAAAUCCCUAGCGGCAUUGGAGAAAUCCCAACGCUCCAAUUAAUAGAGUUGGAUGGAUGCAGCGAAUCCGCAGUCGCCUCAGCAAAAAGCAUUGUGGAGGAACAGCAAAUUGAAUAUGACAACAACGAUCUCGAACUUCGUAUCCUAAACCCACGCUAGUGAACGCCACUUCCAAAAGUGUAAGGAGUUGGAUGCAACGCAGCCUUGUGUCCUCAUAUGGAGCUAGUGCGAGAAUGAGCCAGCGACCUUCUUCAGUCAACGAGUUCCGUUUUCUGACUCGAUGAACAUCAUUUGUGCAAGUUUUUAUAUUGUAAUAUCGUUAAAGAUUCAAGAAAAUUUCUAUAAAAUUCACCUACUUUUGUACUAAUACAUACUAGUAUAUUUCAUAAUUACUGGGUUUUCGGAGUACUCUUUUCCUCGCAGCUUAA